AUGGAAGCCGAUAUAAGUCAGAAAGAUAAUCAAAUAGCUGACUUGUUAAGUAAAUUUGAACAAGAAGAUAACAUUAGAACUCAAAUGCAAUUUGGUUAUGAUGCUAAAAUUCAAGAAAGAGAUCUAUACAUAGAGAAUUUAGAAGCGGAAAUUAAAGACAUUCACUCGAACGUAAAGCUGAUCAAUUGGGCACUCAACUACAAGAAAAAAAAGGCCUAUAAUGAAUACACAAAUCAAGAAGAUGAAUUAGUCAGCAGACUGGCAGUUCUCAUAGAUCACGACAGAGUUGUUGAAAAACAACUAAGAAAAAUUGAAGAUUUAGAAUUAGAAUUUAAUACACAAAUUGAGAGCGCUAUUAAAGAUAAAAAAGUUUUAAAUGAAAAAUGUGAAAAAUAUAGUGAACGAGUAUUACAGCUAGAAUCACAGCUUCAAGAAUAUAGACUCAAUAUUGAAAAUCUUAACCUGAAUAUUGAAGACCUGAACAGGGUUAAUGAAGAAUUAUUGACAAAAAGUUCAAGCAAAGAAACUUAUGUUGCUCCAGAUUAUACAGAACAAUAUAUUAGUGAAAUAAACAAAUUAAAUUCAGUGAUUAGUAGUAAAAACCAAGAAAUAUCAGAGUUAACCAAUAAAUUUCAUAUUAAUCAAACAAAUAAUCUAACAAUUGUAUCUAAUUUGGAAAGUAACAUAUCAGAUCUGAAUGUCAAGCUAAACAAUGCAUCAGCUGAAAUAGCUCGAUUACUACAAGACGGACGCGCCUUAAAACUAGACAAUGAGCAGCUCCAAAUUCUCCUGAAUCAAAAAGAAAGAACUAAUAAAGGAAUUAAGAAUACGAAAUUAACCUUCGAAAUGAAUAUUCCGAAAACAGAAGGUAUGGUUAUAUCAUCUACGAUUGAGCCAUUAAGUGAAGAAUCAAAAGGCUUUGAUUUAUCAUCUAUAGAAUCACAAAUUAUUUCUGAUCUUUCUGAACCUGUUAUUGUCAAAAAAGAUAAAUCAAACCAAGCUUCAGGAUUGAAUACAGGCAUUAGCACAUCUAAUCCUGAUAACGUGUCGCAGUCGACUUUCCUCGACAGUGCAAUUGAAGAUGAGCUUAGAAUCCAUAUUCAUGAAUUAGAGAAGAAAGUAGAAGAAUUAAAUGUGGAUCUUAUAAAAGAAAAACGGGAUAAAGAAUCUAUAAAAAACAAAAUGAAGUAUUUAGCAAUGCUAACGAAAGGUUGA